AAAAAAAACAGCACUCCCAAAUCCCAUUCACAUUCCCUCUCUAUUUCUCCUCCCCACCUGCAACUAACUCCCUUCACAGUCCUCACCUUAUCUGGAGAAAUGAGCACUCAAGCUCGCGCUACACUAGUAUGGCGCGAGAUUCCGGGCCUCGACCCGAAAAAUUUUGCCGAACUCGGCCCGUGCGAACCCUUAUUGUGGUCCGAUGCUGGCGGCAAUCGGAGAAGGUCGAAUUUCGCGUGUAUUUCCCACGCGGAGAAGAACAAGGAAGGAAAGGAUUUCGCGCCUGCGUUCGGCCAGCUUCUCAAGCAUCCGUUGGCUGCGCUCGCAUUGGUUCCCAAAGACGCUGCUCUUUUCGCCGCCGGCGCGAUUGCCGGCGCCGCCGCCAAAACCGUCACCGCGCCGCUGGACCGCAUUAAGCUGCUUCUGCAGUUGAGAUGUUCUGAUGUUCCAAUUAGAGAUGAGCUAAACCUGAUUUACAGAUUUAGGCUUAUUGUUCUUCGUUUUCAUGCCAAUGCUUUUGUUAUGCUGACUCAUGGACUUCGAGCAGGACAAGAAGGUGCAAAGAAGGGGAUUGGAUUUAUAGAGGCCUUCACAUUGAUUGGGAAGGAAGAAGGAUUAAAAGGGUACUGGAAAGGGAACCUUCCACAGGUGAUACGAAUCAUACCUUAUAGUGCCGUGCAGUUGUUCGCUUAUGAAGCAUACAAGAAACUUUUUCAAGGACAAGAUGGGGAACUCUCUGUAAUUGGAAGAUUAGCUGCAGGUGCUUGUGCUGGCAUGACUUCAACUUUCGUUACUUACCCGCUAGAUGUUCUUAGGUUGAGAUUAGCUGUUGAGCCUGGAUACAAAACAAUGACAGAGGUUGCUUUGAACAUGCUGAGAGAGGAAGGGUUCAUGUCAUUUUAUAAUGGUCUAGGACCUUCUCUUAUUGGAAUCGCACCUUAUAUUGCAGUGAAUUUUUGCGUUUUUGACUUGGUGAAAAAGGCUCUUCCAGAAAAAUAUCAAAAGAGAACUGAAGCAUCAUUGGUAACAGCUCUUGUAUCGGCCACUGUAGCCACACUCAUGUGCUAUCCUCUGGAUACGGUCAGGAGGCAAAUGCAAAUGAAGGGCAGUCCUUAUAUGACUGUUUUGGAUGCCAUUCCAGGUAUUGUGGCUCGUGAUGGUUUAGGAGGACUAUACAGGGGUUUUGUGCCCAAUGCAUUAAAGACUCUACCGAACAGCAGCAUAAGGCUUACGACAUUCGACUCCGUAAAGCGACUUAUCUUAGCAGCCCAAAAAGAACUUCGAAGCAUUGAAGAGGAAAAUCGGAAGCAGCAAGAGCACAAGUGUUAGUGGCAGCUUAACUUGAUUUGGUUUCACUUCAGCAUUCUUUACUCGUAGCAUUUAUCAGCAGACACCUUUUGAUAUGAGUUUCGGCUAGUUUCUUUUAGUUCUUCCAGUAUUUUUGCAAUAGGAAGUAUAUUAAUGAAUUUGGAAUCUGUUUUGUAUAUUAAGAGACGUAUUUUUCAACUAUACCUUUAAUGAAGGUAGCAAUCUUUGCAUGUUGUUGCAGUUAAAGAGGCUUCCAAAUUUAUAUGUAGGAAGUGGAGUUAAAAGAAAUACCAUUAUGUCUACUCAUAUGAAGAAAUUACAU